CACACUGACCAUAUGCACACUGCUGCACCGGCCAGCUAGCUGCACUGGCUUAAAACCUUGAGGAGUUCCUUGAAUUUCCAUAAGGAUCAGCCGGUCGUUGGGAUUGAAGGUGGAAAAAAGCAUGGGAAAAGCCGGCCGUGCCCCUCUAUAAACUUUCUCUCUGCGCUGCGAUCUGCUGCUCCAAAUAGGUAUAAUUGCAGAGAGAACGCUCGCCGCCGUUGAGUGUGAGUGUAUGUACUUGCUGAUUUUGGAGGCUCCGCCGAAGGGGUAUAGGGGCGUGCUAUACAGAGAGACCUAAGUACGCGCUACUCUUGGAUGUGGGUGCGAAAAAAAGUCAAGAUUAUCGAAAUUGCUGUUGCUGCUGCUUCUUCUGGAUACGGCGAAUAACCUUUGAAGAGUUGUUUUCUGGGUGUUUUAGCUCAACAGAUUGCAUCUGCAAAGCGUACAGUAUUGUCAUUGCUGUGUAAAAUGGCUCAGAUUGAUGGUCCACACCACUAUCCAGAAAGAAAUAAUGGAACUACUGAUGUUGUCAUGAAUUUAGUAGGAACAGACGAGCAGGUAGCUAUUCUGGAUGCUGGUGCUCAGUACGGAAAGGUCAUAGAUCGUAAAGUACGUGAACUGAAUGUUCACAGUGAAAUUUUGCCACUAGACACACCAGCUAUUACACUAAAAGAGAAAGGAUUCAAGGCAAUAAUUAUUUCUGGUGGUCCCAAUUCUGUUUAUGCAGUAGAUGCUCCAAAAUAUGACAAAGAUAUCUUCAGAAUAGGGAUUCCAGUCUUAGGAAUUUGCUAUGGUAUGCAAAUGAUAAAUAAAGAAUUUGGUGGAUCGGUUGUCAGAAAGGAAGGCAGAGAAGAUGGCCAAUUUACCAUAGAAGUAGACCCCAAGUGCCUUUUGUUUAAGGGCUUGGAUAAAGAUCAAAUGGUGCUAUUAACACAUGGCGAUAGCAUAGAUAAAGUGGCAGAUAACUUUCGUGUUGUUGCAAAAUCAUCAAAUAUAAUAUCAGCCAUUUCGUGUGAUCAAUUACGGUUGUAUGGUGUACAAUUUCAUCCAGAGGUGGAUUUAACAACCAAUGGCAAAGCAAUGUUUCACAAUUUUCUUUUUGGUGUGGCUGGUUUAACUGGAAAUUAUACUCUGAAAGACAGAGAAUCACAAUGCAUUCAAUAUAUCAGGGACACUGUUGGUAACAACAAAGUUUUGUUGCUAGUCAGUGGUGGUGUGGACUCGACAGUUUGUGCAGCACUACUUCACAAAGCCUUAAACAAAGAUCAAGUAAUAGCAGUUCAUAUUGACAAUGGAUUUAUGAGAAAAGGUGAAACCCCAUUAGUAGAACAAAGUCUUGCACAAAUUGGAAUAAGAUUGCGAGUUAUAAAUGCGACUCAUAAUUUCCGUCAUGGUACAACGACAGUACCAGCUGGUGCAAGUGCUAGUGAAAAUUUGAAUAGUUCAAACCCAGAUAAUCCGCUAAAUCCUCCUAUAUAUUGUGUCAAUGUGAAUAAGACUAAUCGAGAUGUUACCAUAUUCCCAAAACCAAAACUCACAAAAAUGCUGUGUAACACCACGAACCCCGAAGAAAAGCGUAAAAUUAUUGGUGACGUUUUUGUUGAAGUGGCUAAUGAUGCCAUGGCAGAUAUGGGCUUGAAUCCAGAAGAAGUAUUCCUCGGCCAAGGCACUCUGAGGCCGGAUCUCAUCGAAAGCGCUAGUUCUGAAGCUAGUUCUAAAGCUGAUGCAAUCAAGACGCAUCACAAUGAUACGGAAUUGGUAAGAGAACUACGUGCAAAGGGUCGAGUAGUUGAACCCUUGAAAGAUUUCCACAAGGACGAAGUUCGACUGUUGGGUGCCGAUCUUGGGCUUCCGGCGUCACUGGUACAAAGACAUCCCUUCCCUGGGCCAGGAUUAGCUAUUCGAAUUAUUUGUGCGGAAGAGCCAUACAUGGACAAGGACUUUUCAGAAACAAAAGUUCUAGUCAAAAUAAUAGCAGAGUACGAGCAAAUGUUACAAAAAAAACAUGCUCUUUUAAAUCGUGUUGAAGGCGCCACCAGCGAAAAUGAACGUCAAGAAUUACGGAGAAUAUCGAGUCAACGACCUCUUAACGCUUACGUUUUACCAAUACGUACUGUUGGUGUUCAGGGUGAUAAGCGCAGUUAUAGUUACGCAGUUGGUCUCACUAGUGAUGAUGCUAUUCCUGAGCCAGCUGAGUGGCAAGAUUUGUUAUAUUUGGCUAGAUUAAUUCCCCGUAUUUGUCACAACGUCAAUAGAAUUUGUUAUAUUUUUGGAGGUAAACUUCAGCAUCCUGUGAUGGACGUUACCCCAACACAACUCACUCCAAAUGUAAUAGCAACGUUAAGGCAAGCCGAUCAUAUAGCUAACCAGGUAUUAGUAGCAAACGGUAGUAUGGAAACAUUAAGUCAAAUGCCGGUAGUACUCAUUCCUAUUCACUUUGAUCGAGAUUAUGCCUCUCGUAUACCUGCCUGCCAACGAUCAGUAGUUUUAAGGCCAUUUAUUUCUCGAGACUUUAUGACUGGAACGCCAGCCAUUCCCGGAAAAGAAUUGCCGAUGCACGUGAUUAAAAAAAUGGUUCACGAGAUCAUGACGGUACCAGGAAUUUCUCGUGUUUUAUACGAUCUUACGUCCAAACCACCAGGUACAACCGAGUGGGAGUAGUGAAGAUUGUCGAAUGUUAUUCACAUUGAAUGUUUUCUGUUUUUCUUUUGAAACAACGUGCGCAUUGGCGCAAAGUUAUGAAUGAUGAAAUUUGUUAUUGACUAUUGCCGAACGACAAAUAACCGACAAUUAACUAACCUUAAGGCCCUCAAAGUCAAGUAACAAUACACAUUGCGAUGAAUCAAGUAACGCACGCAUUUGUAAUUAGAUGAAGACAGGUGCAUCUGGUUGUGCGAGUAGCUGACCAUGCUCGAUUAUCACCAUACAUAUACAUAUAACACACGUUUAAACUUUAAACGCAAGAGCUCCAAAAAUUAAUACAACUAAACUGAAUAUGUUUUUAUAUUGUGUAUGUGCAUGAAUGCGUUACAAAAGAGCGCGACAUGUACAUGUGAAAUACAUAUAUGAAUACUAAAUAGUCAAAUAAUAUUGAAUAAUGUGCCGAUCGAACAUCAAUAAGCCAAAAAAAUUUAUACAACUUGCCUACCUUCAAGCAUGGUGAAAGUUGGUUCAGCGUUUUCGUUGUAUCAGAUAACUUAUCUUAACAAUAUUUCACGUGAAGUUAAAAAAAAAAUGCUUUAUGCGUUACAAGUUACAAGUGAAUGAUUGUGAAAACAGUCAAUGACGAUUUUUAGAGUGUAAAAGAUGUCGUGCAAAUGAAGUAACUAAGAAUGUUGAAUAAAGAGAGGAAAAUCUUAAACGAUAAAGCUCGACUAAGAAAUGAAGAGAUGGAGGGAAAACAGAAAUGUAUGUGCAUGAGAGAGAGAGAGUGUGUGUGAGAGAAAGAGAGAGCAAGAAAAAUAAUUGAGUGGUUUUAAUGGAAAAAAUGAAUGAGAAACAGAGAAAAAUAGUCAAACAUGUCAACAUUGCUUAUUGUAUAUAUUAUAUAUCCACUUUUGUCAUCGUUUAUUUAAGCAAAUUGUAAAAAUUUUAUUUAUCAAGUAAUGUAAUAUAUAGAAAAUCUAAAACGGUACUUGGCCACAGCACUUGUUGUAUAACUGAUGAUGAUGAUGAUGACGGUGAUUAUGAUUAUAACAAUAAUAAUUAUUAUGACGACGAUGAUAAAAAUUACGGUGAUAUAUUGGGAAAAUUGAUCAGAAGGUCAAAAAAUAUCAGCAGAUCAAAGUGCCGUAGUGUCUUUCUGUGCAGCAAAUCUUAUGUUGGACGCAACUUGUAUAUUUUAGGACAGAAAUCGUACUAAGUGACGGAAAAAUGUUUGGUUCACUUUGUAUAAGGAAGAAAAUCUAAUUUUCUUAAAUUAGAAAGAAAAUAAAAAGUGUUUUCUUAUGAUAUAUAUAUAAUCAGUAAAUAAUAAAAAAAAAAUCAAAUUUUUACAUGUAGUAUGAAAUUUGAAUUGGAUUAUCCUCAACUUUAAUCGAUAAUCUUUAAUUCGAUAUAGGAUGAGCGUUGCAUCAUUGACCGACACUCGUUUCAGCAAUAAUUUUUCAAUGACCAUCUAUUAGUUAUAUAUAUAUAGAGAGAGAUUACCUUUAUUUACUUUUAAAUUAACUUUUUAUCGCAUCAUACGUUUAUUUACUAAUGUUGUUGGUCUUAUGGAUGGCCGUGUGCUUGCAGCUUAAUUUUUUUUUUGUGAUUUUAUAAUUUGUUAUAUCAAACGAUUAAAAUAUUUAAAUAAAAAACAGUUCAAAUGUUACUUGAAAAUAGGUGGAAUAUAAAGAAAAUGUUGACUGACACUCUUUUCAUGUAGAAAUAUCGUUACUUUGUAAAAAAAAUAAAAAAAACUGUCUUCGCCAGGAUACCACCGCAUUUUACAUCGUUAAAAAGAAUCUUCUUUUUUACAUGAAUUAUAAUUUUUUACUUUCAUGCGUUUCAAAAAUUAUCUUAAGUAACAUCCCGUUUGGAACAAAUCAUGUGACAGAAAACGAGCCAAGAUCAGCUACAGCUGUAUUGUCAGCUUCAAAAAUCUAUGAAGCCGUAAUAAUUGAAAAAAUCAAUGAGGUUUCACUUUUUUUUUUAUUUAAAUGAACCCCAUCAAUAGGACCUAACGUGUGUUUCGUCCAGUAAAAAACCUUGUACUUCAAUCAAAUUCACUUUUUGAAUACAUCAAAACUCGAUGGUAAAUUUUGCGCCAUGGUGUGAUCAUUCUUUGCGUCUUUUAAUCACUUUGCGCCCACGGAAAGUGAUUAGCGGAUUCAAAAUAUAAAUUUGUACCCAAUAAAAAAAACAGUCUUGUAAGUUGUACUUAGCACCCAUGGUGCAAAAUAUAAUACUAUAUUAUCCGCCACAUGAGGUUUGAAAAAAUUUUCACGUGUGAUUUUUAUUUUUUUAAAUGGUACUAUUUGUUUUAU